AUGUCCUCUACUCUGGGUGAUUAUCAACUCGCCAACGCGGCUGCGGGCUUUUCAUUGGGAUUCGGGUUCCUUACAGCUUGGGAGGCUAUCAAACAGACCCGAAGGCUCAUUAACCCAUGGCGAUCGGUGUUUAUCUUCAUGGUCUGGGGUGAGCUCGUUUCCAAUCUGGCAAUCACGAUCCUGGUUUGGUUGUUCAUGAACCAUUACCUUUCACCAAGCAUUCCAACAUAUUUUUUUGUCCUAUUCUUUUGGGCCUUUGAAAUCCAUUGCAUAUUGCAACUCAUCAUCAAUCGCCUCAGCGUUGUCGUUUCAGACCAGAUCACUGCUUCUCGGGUCAAGUGGAGUGUCGCCGCCAUUAUUACCUUGGUGAACAUUGGUGUCUUUUCGAUUUUCAUCCCGGCGCACCUCACCCCACCGCCUAGCAAGAUUUUUGUGGUGAUCAACAAGUACUGGGACAAAGCGACUAAAUUUAUCAUUCUCUUCAUCGAUGCUGGCCUGAACCUGUACUUUCUACACACGGUCAAUGCACGCCUUGUGCGGAACAUCGGACUCACAAAGUACCGAAGUCUCGUUUUGUUCAAUAUGAGACUGAUGGUGGUUUCGAUCUUAAUGGACUGUAUGAUCAUCGGCAUGAUGUUCUUCCACAACCAGCUUGUCUUUAUGUCAUUUCAUCCGGUCGCCUACACCGUUAAGUUGAACAUCGAGCUAAGCAUGGCAAGCUUAAUCCGCAAGAUUGCGACCUCACAUGAGAAUGACUUUCAGGGUGACCAGUCUUACUCAUAUUCGAUGCACUCGAUAGGGGCACAAGACCCCGCUCCGCUAAACAGAUCUCAAUCGACUACUUUUCGAACCGGAACAACAUCGUCUAUCAUAGGUGGUCCUAGUAGCCCCAUUAAAGACAGAAAACUUAGUGACGACGAGAGGCGCAUUGUUAUAACGGAGGAAUAUGAAGUGUGCAGAGUUUAG